UCCCAGUUCAUCCCCGGCCAGCCACGGCCCGCGGAAGCCCGGUUCUAGCCCUCUCGAGCGCUCCAAGCCCAUCCGCUCGAGCCGCGCGCCUCGCGCUCACCCGAGCUCCCGAGCGCCUCCUGGAUUCUGGGCGAGUUGCCUCGCGGAAGCAACUGCUCCGCCGACACCGGAACCCGCAAGCUCCGCCCUGACUCUGGCGAGAGGAGCCGCCGUCCCGCGCGUCCGGCGCUGACCGAUUUGAGCUCCGCUGCGCCGGAUCUGCACCUUCUCCGGCCGCCAGCGCCGGAUCUGCACCUUCUCCGCCGCCUGGAUCCGCCGCGGACCGCCACCGAGCCGGCCAUCUGCUCCGACCCCGGGCAGCUGCGCCGCUGCAGCCUUCCCUCGCGUCGGCGGCCGCCCCGCAUCGCCCUGCUCGCUGCCGAUCCAGCCACGUGGGCCAGCAUCGUCCGCAGCCCCGCCCAACCGCCGCUCGCUCGUGGGCCGUGCCUUCUCCAGCCGUCCCCAGCCAUUCCAAGGCCCCUCUGGCAAAUCUUCAACGGUGGAUUCCCUUGGGGCAUCUUCUGCGAUCACUUCUGGGAGCAUGGCGAAGGUAGCUGUUGGGCUAAGACAGGGGCAACUUUACUGCUACCAAUCCCAUUGCAUCAACUUCUGGGAGCGUGGCCCAGGAAGAUGCUGGUUCUUUUACUGGACUAGUUGCUGCGCUUAAAUCGGAUGCUAAAAGGUGUGUGGUGGGAAUUGAUCUGAACAGUGAUGUCUUCAGCAUGGCCAUGAUACCCGCAGAUAAAGUACAAUCUCGAAUGGUGAACAUCACAGAGACUCUUACAACAAUAAAAUAUCAAAGGUUGAUUGGGAAAGUUGCUAAUAAGCAGGAGAAACACUUUUCCAAUAUUAUGAAGGUUAUUGGGAAAAAUUUAUCUGAUCUCCGAUCUGAUCCGGAUCUGCUUUCUUUGCUCACUCUGGAUCGCAUAACUAAGCUCCUUCAUGUGGAUAUUCCAAUCUUUGGAAAGGAAUACCAAUUCACUCCGACACACAUUUUAGCAAUGUUAUUAUCAGAUUUUAAAGCUAUGGCAGAGGCAGCUGUUGAUAUGGAUGCUAUCGUUGAUGAGUUCUGCAUUGGCAUCCCUGGCUAUUUCACCAAAUCCCAGCAGAUAGCUGUGCUUCAGGCCGCUGAUAUCGCCGGCCUGAAUGUUUCAGUAUUCAGUGCGACCACAGCGAUUGCUUUGAUGCAUGCAGUACGUGGAGGAGGGAGUGAUCAAGAACAAAAGGUUGCUUUUGUCGAUGUGACUGAUUCUGCCAUGCAGGUUUGCAUAGUUGUUUUGGAGAAGCGAGCAAAGCCUGAUCCGAAACAAUCCCAGACUGCUGCUCCUCGACCCCAAGCUAAGCGAAUACUUGAAGUCUUGUCAUAUUCGUAUGACCUCUUGCUCAGUCAGAAAGAUUUCCUUAAUACUCUUGUGAAAUAUUUCAAAGAGAAUGGCCAGAGCACUGCUAAUCUGCAAGAGGAUUGUCUAAAUCUCAUGAUACAGAAUAAGCAGGUUCGGUUAAAAAAACAAAGAAAUAAUGAUGAGGAAUUGGGCCAACUGAUGUUUCGUAGUGAAAAAAUCACAGAAGCAGAGUUCAAAUGCAUAUGUAAUCCUUUCGUGCAGCGAAUGAAGGGAUUACUUCAGAAGGCUAUUGACAAAGAUAACAGAAAAUUCAGUGCUGUUUUCAUUACUGGACCUGGAUCACACAUUUCUCCUAUAUAUGACUGUGUUCAAGAAGUUUUUAACAUGACACCAGGAGUAUUAACCGGCACCACAUAUGAAGGUCUAUCAGUGGGAGUUGCAGUGGGCUGUGCCCAAAAUUGCGCCAUUCAAAGCAAAAAGUUUCUUGCAUGCUCCAGUGAAGAUGAGAGGAGUAAAUACAACAUGAAAAAGCUUUUAGAAUGGCAGGUCAAAGACAAAUGGGCUUUAUCAAUAAAGGAUGAAAGGACCGAGGUUUCCAUUGCUGGUACUGUUGAUGGUAGAGUCGAAUUGAUGACUCAAGAGAUCAAUGAUGCCCAUCUUAAAGAGUGCAAGAUGUUGUUGCCAAAAACAAUAGAAGAUAUGAUUUCUCACAUGAAAAAGCUCCCGGAUUUCCUUAACAUCCAGGAGAGUUCCAUGUUAGGGAAUUUAAGUUUCUUCAAGUUAUUGGAUGAGCAAGUAACAAAGUACUUGAAAGAUGUGUUGGAUGGUGGUGGCUUGGAUGCUUAUGAAACAUAUGUUCGCAUUUUCUCAAAUGACAUUGAGCCGGUUAUAAAAUGUUUCAUUGAACGGAAGAAUGGGCAUGACACAAAACAGAGAAAGAUUGAUAAGCUUAAAACCAUGUUCAAGGCAUAUACCAAAUUUGUCUCUCCUGAUGUUAUAUUAUAUUCUGCGAUUCCGCAACCAGCAAAGACAAAGUUCAACGAACAAUGUGACAUGGUACGCCAAAGGUUCAAUUCUACUAAUGCUGUUCAUCAAAAGAAGAAAUCAAAAGCUUACGUUCCUGAUGAAUUUAAUGCUGAACUAGAUAGCAUGAUUGAAGAGCUUAAUGAUGCCUAUAAGGAAACACUUGCAAAAUGGAAACCAAAAAAAGUGAAAUUAUACUACAACAUCCUUCAAGAUGAUUAUCCGGGCACCAUUACGAAAAUUCGUGAGACACUACUGCAUCCAGAGAAAAAGAAGAUUUUAGGAUGUCGUCUGCUGCCUCUUCAACUUGAGCAUCAGGGAGUUCCACAUACAUGGUUACAUCUCUACUUGCAGGGCGAGAAAGAUGAUGCUGUAAUGCUUCAUGUAAAGAAGCAUAAUGGUUAUAUUAUAGGUUUUGAUAACAAGGAAAGACAAUCGUUUGAGCUUACGAUGGGAAUUCAGGAUGAUGAAUUGGCCCCUCCCAAAAUCCCCAGAGCUAAAUACGUGGGCUUUGGUUAUGAUUAUAUCAGCCUGCUGAAAAAGGAGAUGGGAUCGGAAACUACUGACAUUCUGAAGUUUGUUUGUCAAUUUGUACUGGAUGUGACAAACUUUCUGAAUUCCAUACAUGUGCUUUCUUAUUUUGGUUGUGACCUUAAUCAUCGCCAGGCGUGUCCAUUGUGUAGUAGUCCAAGAGCCGCCCAACGGGCAAUUGUCUGCAUAUCUUUCAUGCUGUUUGAGCCAUCAAGGAUUAAAGAGAUUGAGAACGCCAUAUACAAUGGUGGGUUUUUAGGCCAAGCUCUCACUGAGGUACUUAUGCAGGCCAUAUGGCAUUGGAAGGAGAUGUCGGACGUGUUGCUGAGGUAUGACAGACCCGAACAAAAAACUGAGAUUGAAUUUAUUGAUGCUAUCAAGAUUAAGGUGAAUCUGCACACCGUGCAAGCAAUAGCAAAAUUCCUGUCUUUAAUUCUCAACAGAAAGGCCAACGACACCGACAAAGUAGAAAAAAAACAGGAUGACUCUGACGAGGAUGGUGAACAUCCUGAUGAUGAGGGUGAACAUCCUGAUGAUGAGGGUGAACAUCCUGAUGAAUAUCCUGCCGGAGAUGGUGAUGACAACCAGUUUCCGCCCCCUUCGCCUGCAGCACCUGGCGAUGGUGAUGACAAGGAGAAGCAGCUGAAAGAACCACCCAUGGAAGGGCGGCAACAUGGCCAAACCCUUUUACACAUUUUUGAUGUGCGUUUUACGGGUCAUAAGAAAGAUCUCAGGGGCAUCGUGGUUCAUGAAGGGCGUGGCAGCCAUGUCAUCAACUCACUGAAGUACGUAGUAGGAUAUUGGAGAUCCUCUAAUGACCUGGGUCGUCAGAUGCAACUUGCUGCGCAUUAUGUCCAUAAGCAAUCUCUGAGCCUUUCUGGACCAUCAGUUGCCAUCUCACCGGAAGAUGGAUGUUCCCUCGAGUUCUUCCCCAAACGGUGGAACAAAUCUGUCGCUGGUGAUGAUCUUGCUUUAAAAAAGAAGGAUACUGUUGUCAUGCGAUUGGAUGAUGGGCGAUCGUAUUAUAAUCAACAGAGGCUCAAAGAGAUUAGUCUUGGUAGCAACUCUUUGCUGGUGUCCUAUGCAAUCUUUACUGGAGCUGUUGAGGCGACCAUGGAAAUCAGUCUGCGACUGCCCCGUGAGAUAUUGUGCGCCCAUGUACUCAACCUAAACAUAUGUGGCUUCAUUGAAGUACAAUUGACAUCUCAGGAUACUACGAUACUGCAAGUUCAUGCCCAUCCAAAGCACGGCAUAGUAUCCAGAGACCCAAUAGAUGGAAAGCCUGUCCUUUUGUCAAAGCACUCGGCCCUGUCUCCAGGCACUGGAGGGUAUGUCUCAAUGCCCAAGCAUCCAGGUCUGCUUGACCUGGUCCAUUCGACCACCAUAAGCGUUCCAUUGGUACGACCAGUUAUGGUUGUGAAGCUUGAUUCUGAAAUCAAGUUUAGUGGGACUCUGGCCAUCCAAGAUGUUGGUUGUAUGGACAUCGAUGGCAAUCUCUGCAUUCCAAGAGAGGUUGACGUCAGCAGGAACGUCAAGACCAGAUGGAAAUCCGGCCUGUUUGGGAUUGAUUACCAAGUAAAAAUGAAUCUAGUGAACAGAUUCCUUGUUUGAAGACAUCACUGAGAAUAGAUCAGACAAUUCAAAGCUAUGUCUCCAUGGUCUGUACCUACAUGGAAGGGGAGAUGCUGCUAAACGAACUGCCUUUUCCUCUACCGACUCCCUCCAUUUUCAAUCUUGAUCAGAUCAAGGCACUCACCUUAGACAACCUAGUGUCUGAGAAUGGUGCAGCUCUCAGUUUUGCGGACCUGGAAAUCAAGCCUCUCAAGUUGAAGGGCUACCCUACCGAGUUCCUUGUCUGCUACAGGGAGGCCAUCUUUUGGCUCUACCAUCAGCGAGAAGAUGGGUAGCGCAGAUGUGGCCCCCUGAUUCUGAAGACGCCGUAGAAUCGAUGAUCAUUUAGUUGAAAGAUAAAAUUGUUGUUGUGUUUUGUUUCCCUGUCAUCUGCCGAAUGCCUCGCCCCCUUGCAGGACCAGAUUUGAUGCAAACGUUAGCCCCUGCCCUUGUUUUUAAGUAUCAAAAAUAAGGAAAGGCAUGAUGUUACUGUGAAUUUUUGAGCUGGAAAUGCAAGUAAAGCGAAUCAUUUCGACGGUGACCGACACAUUCAUGGAGAUUUCAGAGUAUAAAUCUCAUUGAUCAUGUCCCUAGGCAAUAAAAUUGUUUUGACUUGAGUUA